CUAUGGCCAGGGUCUACUUUGAGAUGCGCGAGUAUCGGCGGGUGGCCCACACGCUCCACGAGGCGCAGAGCGAUCUGGGCAAGUUUAUGCGGUGGUACGCCACGUAUCUGGCUGGCGAGAAGCGGAUGGAGGAGGAUGCGCUGGAGCUUGUGGGGCCAAUGGCCGAGGCGCCCGGGAGCAACGGUGAGCUCCGCAGCCUGGCUAAGGAGCUGGAGAGCGAGUAUCAGGCCUCGAGCCUCGAUGGCUACGGCAUGUACCUGUACGGGCUUGUGCUGAAGCAGCUUGACGCGCAAGCGCGGGCACUGUCGAUGCUUGUGGCGGCGGUCAACGCGCGCCCGCUGCUGUGGGCGGCAUGGACCGAGAUUGCAGGCCUCUGCACCGACGCGGUGAUGGCGGCCGAGCUGCCGCUGCCGGACCACUGGGCCAAGACCAUGUUUGUGGCGCACCUGCACCUCGAGCUGCAGCAAAACGCCGAGUCGCUCACGCUGUGGGAGGAGCUCGGCGAGCUGUUUGUCGAGUCAGACCACGUGGUGGCGCAAGCUGCGCUCGCCAACUACAACCUGCGCGAGUUUGGCGUCUCGGGCGAUCUGUUCGAGGCCCUUCUCGAGCGCGACCCGUACCGCCUCGAACACAUGGACACGUACUCGAACAUUCUGUACGUCAAGGAGGAGGCCGCCAAGCUGUCGCGGCUAGCACACAGCGCGUCGCAGACCGAAAAGUACCGCCCGGAGACCUGCUGCAUCAUCGGCAACUACUACUCGCUCAAGUCGCAGCACGAAAAGGCGGUGACCUACUUCCGCCGCGCGCUUAAGCUCAACUCGCGGUUCCUCUCGGCGUGGACGCUGAUGGGCCACGAAUACGUCGAGAUGAAGAACACGCCGGCGGCGAUCGAGGCCUACCGCCGCGCGGUGGACAUUUCGCCGCGCGACUACCGUGCGUGGUACGGGCUCGGCCAGACGUACGAGAUCCUCUCCAUGCCGUUCUAUGCCCUCUACUACUACCGCAAGGCCACCACGCUGCGACCUUACGACGCUCGCAUGUGGUGUGCAAUGGCCAACUGCUUUGAGAACCUCGAUCGUGUCCCAGAGGCCAUCAAGUGCUACGAACGCGCCCAGUCAAACUCGGAUCGCGACGGCAUCGCCCUCUCCCGCCUCGCCGACCUCUACGACGGGCUUGGAGACUCUGCCAAGGCCGCGUUCUACUUUGAGCGGAACCUCGCCCGCCUCGAGAAGGAAGGCGCCGCCGGGCCGGCCAUGGUCAAGGCCCUCAUCUACCUCGCCGUCUACUACAAGAACACCGGCGAUUUUGCCCAGGCCGAGCUCUUCUGCUCGCGGCUGCAUGACUUUGGCGGUCGCGAGAAGGAAGAGGCCAAGGCCCUGCUCCGCGAGAUCCGCGCCGCGCACCGCCCGCUCAUCCCAUCCACGCCCAACACCUCGAACCCGUGAGUUUGGGACACGGGCUAACCAAUAACAGUUGAGACAACGUGACGCA